GCCCGCUGAGACGGCAGCUAGGCAUUGGUGGCCAUGUUAGGUUCGGUCAAGGGCAUCGGUUUCCGCUGCCCCACUUCCGGUCGAGGGCAGCUCUGGCGGCCGGGCUUCGAGGGACUGUGCUCUGGACGGCGAGGCUGAGGUUGGAGCUUGGGAAGCCGCGUCUCCGUUCCUUCAAAACGCUUCGAGUGGCGCUGCUGGCGGUGGAUGAAGGUCCGGGAGGCCCCAGCGCCGAUGGGUGGGAAGAGGCCACCGGGCCCGGGCCGGCCAGGCGGGCUCCUGGGGCUGCUGGUCGCCGUCGCCGCCCUCCACCUGCUCGCCUGCCCCUACACCAAAGUGGAGGAGAGCUUCAACCUGCAGGCCGUGCACGACCUGCUCUACCACCGGCUGGACGUGGAGCAGUUUGACCACCUCGAGUUCCCCGGCGUGGUCCCCAGGACGUUCCUCGGGCCGCUGCUGCUGGCCGCGCUCUCCAGCCCCGCCGUGUGCGUGCUCUCCCUGCUGGAAACGUCCAAGUUCUAUUCUCAGCUCGCAGUCAGGGCUGUCCUUGGACUCGGCGUCAUCUGGGGGCUCUGGACUUUACAAACCGAAGUGAGGCGGCAGUUCGGGGCCCCGGUGGCUACUCUGUUCUGCUGCCUGACGGCCUCGCAGUUCCACCUCAUGUUCUACUGCUCACGGCCGCUGCCCAACGUGCUGGUCCUGCCCUUCGUGCUGCUGGCCCUCACAGCCUGGCUGCAGCAGAAGUGGCCCCGCUUCAUCCGGCUCUCCGCCUUCGCCAUCCUGGUCUUCAGAGCCGAGCUGAGCCUGCUCCUGGGCCUCGCGCUGCUGCUGCCGCUCUGCUCGCGGAGGCUCUCGGUGGCCAGGGCCCUGCGCUGCGCCGUGCCCGCCGGGGUCCUCUGCCUGGGGCUGACGGUGGCCGUGGACUCCUACUUCUGGCGCGCUCCCGUGUGGCCGGAGGGAAAGGUGCUCUGGUACAACACCGUCCUGAACAAAAGUUCCAACUGGGGGACCUCGCCCCUGCUGUGGUACUUCUACUCGGCCCUGCCCCGCGGCCUGGGCUGCAGCCUGCUCUUCGUGCCCCUGGGCGCUGUGGACAGAAGGGCCGUGGCGCUGCUCCUGCCGGCGCUGGGCUUCGUGGCGCUGUACUCGCUGCUCCCGCACAAGGAGCUGCGCUUCAUCAUCUACGCCUUCCCCCUGCUCAACGUCGUGGCCGCCAGGGGCUGCGCCCGCGUGCUGAACAACCGCAGGAAGUCCUGGCUGUAUAAAGUGGGGUCCCUCUUUGUGAUCGGACACCUCGUGGCGAACGCCAUGUGCUCGGCCACAGGCCUGUACGUGUCCCACUUCAACUACCCCGGCGGCGUGGCGCUGCAGAGGCUGCACGAGCUGGUGCCCCCGCGCACAGAUGUGGCUGUGCACAUCGGCGUGGCUGCUGCACAGACGGGCGUGUCUCGGUUCUUGGAAGUCAACAGUGCCUGGAGGUACGAGAAGACGGAGGACCUGCAGCCCGGCUCGGAGCGCAUGCUGGCCUACACGCACCUCCUGGUGGAGGCGGCGCCCGGGCACCUGACCCCCUACCGGGACACGCACCGGGUCCUGGCCCGCGUGCCUGGCACCACCGGGCUGAGUCUCAACCUGAGCAGACUGCCUCCCUUUGACGUCAACCUGCAGACAAAGCUGGUGCUUCUGGAGAGGCUCGUGGGGCCUUCCUGACGAGGGGCCCAGUCCUGCCGGAACAGCAGUGCUCCGCUGGCAACAACAGAUGCGACCGAGGGGCGCUCGUCGGAGAGCCACAGACCCGAGGGUUGCCUUGGUCAUCCAGACGGAGGGCUGUUCCCGGCGGCGGGACGUGGACCUUGCCCCGCGGAGCUGCCUUGGGGCGGCACUGGGGGCUCUCGGCAUGUGAAGGGCCCCCGGGCAUCGUCCCCACCUGUGCCCCACGCUGCAGGGCAGGGCCUGUUUGGGGGUCACGGGCGCACCAUUUCCACUUCGGGUGAGAUUUUAGGAGAGGAAGGUGUUCAAAAAGAAUGUGAAUAAAGUUGCAGGUGUCUUCUU